AUGUCGUGGCUCCUGAAGAAGGUUGUUCAUAAUGAGGCGAUGAAAGAGGAUCCCAAGGAGAUUUAUGGCUGGAGGGUUUUCAUGCUUGCUUGCUCGGCCUGUUGUGGAGGAAUGCUGUUCGGCAUGGACUCUGGUAUCAUUGGAGGCGUCCUUACCAUGCCAGGGUUCAAGAAAACAUACGGAUUGCAAGAUACUUCACCAGUUGCUCAAGCAAAUCUAUCAGCCAACAUCGUUUCAACCCUCCAAGCAGGAUGUUUCUUCGGCGCACUUGGUGCUUCCUGGGUAUCCGAUAAAUUCGGCCGGAAAAGAGCACUUAUCGGCGCAGCGAUAGUAUCCAUCCUCGGAAUUGUCAUGCAAACCGCAGCCAGCGGCCGUCUCGAGGCCAUGUACAUCGGACGACUAGUCACAGGCUUUGGAGUCGGCGCCGCUUCAAUGAUAAACCCCCUCUAUGUCGCCGAGAAUGCGCCGCGAGCAAUCCGCGGCGGUCUAACAGGUCUAUACCAACUCUUCAUCACCAUGGGCAUCAUGCUGGCAUUCUGGAUCAACUACGGUUCGCUCCUCCACAUCAAGGGUCCAGCAAUGUACCUCGUCCCACUAGCAAUGCAAGGCCUCCCAGCAGUCCUUCUUCUCAUCGGCAUGUCACUGUGUAAUGAAUCCCCCCGCUGGCUUGCUAGACAAGAUAGGUGGGAGGAAGCACGCGCAACACUCUGCAAAGUGCGCAACUUGCCUGCUGAACACCCCUACCUGGAAGAAGAGUUCCAAGCCAUUGCCACCCAGCUUGAGCAGGAGCGCGCUCUUGUUGGUGGAUCCGGCUUUUGGGAUCUCAUGAAGGAGAUGUGGCUCAUUCCUGGAAAUAGGAAGCGGGCUAUUAUUUCUAUCAUUUUGAUGAUUUGCCAGCAGAUGACUGGUACUAAUGCUAUUAACUACUACGCGCCUCAGAUUUUCGAGAACCUCGGCGUAACAGGAAACGCAACAAACCUCUUCGCAACAGGCGUCUACGGCAUCGUGAAAAUGAUCAGCUGCGGCGUCUUCCUAGUCUUCGUAGCGGACUCCCUGGGCCGGCGUCGCUCCCUCCUCUGGACCUCAAUCGCACAGGGUCUAGCAAUGCUCUACAUCGGGCUCUACGUUCGCAUCGCACCACCUGUCGAAGGCGCACCGGUCAUUCCAGCCGGCUACGUGGCUCUCGUGUGCAUUUUCCUGUUUGCGGCUUUCUUCCAAUUCGGAUGGGGGCCUGUUUGUUGGAUUUAUGUUUCCGAGAUUCCGACUGCGAGGUUGCGGUCGUUGAAUGUUGCUUUUGGGGCUGCUACGCAGUGGUUGUUUAAUUUUGUUGUUGCAAGGGCUGUGCCUAAUAUGUUGGCUACUGUUGGGGAUAAUGGUUAUGGCACUUAUUUGAUCUUUGCUUGCUUCUGUUUCUCCAUGUGUGUCUUCGUUUGGUUCUUCAUUCCUGAGACCAAAGGAAUGUCUCUUGAGAAGAUGGAUGAGCUCUUUGGCGUCACUCAGCUCUUUGAUAGUAAGACUGCCGAUCCGGAGCAGGCCCCUGCUGCAGAUGAUGUGGGCAAAUCGACACAGACGCACGUUGAGAGAGUGGCUUAA